UUUGUGUUACUAUGACAUUUAACGUUUGCAUUUAAUAUGUUAGAAAUCUCAAUCAGGAAAGCUAUUAAUAGAUUGACAAACAAGCUUGCGAGCAAUGUGAACUUCACUCGUUUAGAAUGUGAAGCUUUGUUAGAUAUGUUCGUUAAAUUUGACAGCAAAAAGCCUUUCGGAAAGUUAGAUCGGAUGAAGUUCAGGGAAAUACUGCAUCAUACAUUUAAAAUGACAGACGACGUCAUGAUUGAUAGAAUCUUCCGUGUUUUUGACGGGGAUUUCGAUGGUGGUGUCAAUGCUCAAGAAUGGGUGAUGGGAUUAUCAAUAUUCCUACGAGGUACUUUAGAAGAGAAAAUAAAAUUUGCAUUCGAUGUUUAUGAUCUCAACAGUGAUGGAAGAAUAACCAGAGAGGAAAUGUUUCAGCUAUUAAAGUAUUCUCUUGUCAAACAACCAACAGAUGAGGAUCCUGAUGAAGGAAUUAGAGAAUUAGUUGAAAUGGCAUUUAAACGAUUGGAUAUGGAUCAUGAUGGAAGAUUGAAUUACACUGAUUUUCAACAAGCUGUUGAAGAUAAUGCUUUAUUGUUAGAAAUUUUAGGACAGUGUUUCCCUAAUGAAGAGGUGAGUGUCAAAACGAUUAAAAAGGUACUAUAAUUCUGAUAAAACACUGGAAAGACAAAGCAUAUCAGAUAGAUUAAUCACGUUUGACAAGAAUUAAUACAGUAAUCUGAUUGCCAAGUUACCUCAUCAAAACUGCACCAGGCCACUGAAACAUGGUCUCGAAGUUUUAUAUCACAGAUUGAUUUCGGUUAGAAAGUCGUUAAAAAUCAGGAAGUACUCGACGCCAUUAGGGAUCUUUAAGAAAGAAUCCCUGUCUGGUGAUUUCUGUUUUCCAAUGGAUGUCUAACCUAAUUCGAUCCAUGGCACAGAACUUCAAAUUUAACGAUUAUCACAACACUAUAAUAAAAAUAAUGAUUUCUC